UAGUAGACUGCUUGUCUACCGACUGGGGAAAACAUCACCUCAUAAGUCAUACGCAAAAGCAACCAAUUCAUAUAAACACUAAACAACUUCGACUUAAAAUGCCUCCGAUAAAGGACAAACAGUCGCGGAAAGAUCGGAUACUUCAGUUCCUCCAGGAACAUCGUGAGUUAAAGCCCACUGGCUUGAUUUCGCCAAGGAAGGAGGAUGACUCCAGGCAAAAGAAACGUGUCACAUUCACCCAGGCGAAGAAACAGAGAUCCUCUGGCGUCGAAUCAUUACCUAAGGUCAAGGAAACGGAAAUGCAGAUUGGACUGGGUCUUACCUCAUGCCUGAUCACCAAGUCCUCGGAUACAAGAAUAUGCGGCGGUGCCAACAAUCCUGGGGAGCGCGAUGUUGGAAAACUUCCACGAACAGACAGCGAAUGUCGGUUCAAGUCGCCGGGAAUAAACUUUCUCAAGGAACGAAAUGAAAACUGUGCGUCCCAAGUUCUCAAGUUAGUUCCUCCAAAACCGAUUCGCAAGGAGCUGAAGAACAAAUGCGACUUCUUUCCAAAGUUCUACGACAACAGUCCUUUCAAGGAUCAGACCACACAAACGCUAUAUAGGGAGUCGUCUGCACAGACCUUGGCCUAUUUGCCGGAGAUAGAAAAGUCUGAGAAGAUUCAAAAACUUGAGCUUUUCUCCCUGUCUCAGUUGCUGCCGGGAGACAAGCCUCCAGGCCUUCACGAGGUGGAGAUCCUGGAGCGAUCGCGUCGUCGGUGGCUCUUCCGAGAUUCUCUGAAACAAAACUUUCAAAAACUCUUCAACGAGGCCAGGGAGUUGGAGAUUAAAACCAAGUACAAACCAAUCCUACAGGCCUUCGAAUGGGAGCAGUGGAUCGAGCGAGAGGAGUAUAUUCAGGAGUGCCAGAUGAUGCGGCUGGAGAUCGUGAUCAAAAUGUUUGACAAGCGGGAGAAGGAGAUGCACGCCUCGUCCAAUGUCCGUAUUGAGCAGGCCUGUGAGCGUAUAGAGAAGCGCCGUCAGGCGGGACUGCACAAGAACGAGAUCGAGUACCAGCGCGGGAUGAGGCGCAUAACCAUGCAACUGGCCAAGACCUCCCGAAAGUGGGAGAAGCAGGACACUCUAACCGCCCUGGGAUCUCCCUGCUCUGAGUUCUACGGACCUAUGAUACGGCAUGGGGUGGACCCGGCUCGCCGCAAUUUCGCCCCCACCACCGGACACAAGGCAUUCGACAUGAGGAUCGACGAUCUAGAGAAGAAGGUCAACAUGAAAAAUAUACAGUGUCCCUUCAGCAAGCUUAAGGAGUGGUCGAAGCCCAAGGAAUACGCCAGGGAGUAUGAGCAAAACUUCUGCAACGACGACAACCUCCAAAAGCUUUACGAGUCCUUAAAAACUUUGAGAACCCAACAAGACUUGGUUAAGGAUGCGCCCCAGUGCCUCAAGACACGAAUCCAUAAAGAUGCUGCAGAAUUCGACAGUAGUGAUGAUUCAUAUCCAAGCUUCAGUUUCCCUCAAAGCCAAUGGGACAGCAGAAAGUCCAGGCAUACCCCUACACAAAUACAGCAGAAACGUCAAGCAAAGAAAGAGCAGCCUCCGCUGCCUAAAGCAAAAAAAGAGGAAAAGGGCCAGGAGGACUUUGAGAGCCUUAUUAGGACCUACGAAGGAACUUAUAUCGGUUGGAUUAUGCAGUUCCUGGCUGAAGAAAUGGUACGGCUUAAGGAGCAACGUAAGCUACACUUGUUCACCAUCCUGGCUCAGAAGGAACGCUGGCGCCGUGAAGCCCAGGAAGCUGGCGUCCGGCAGAAGGAGAACGACUUACGAAUGCUGUACGAGGAGUUGUUCCAGAACUGCAACUCCCUCCACCAGGACGUCUCCAAUGAGUACAUCGACAAGAUUCUAUCAACGGAUGUGAGAAACAUCGUUGAUAACCUAGCUGAACAGAAAAUAACCGAAGAUGCCUUGAAAAUAGACGAGGAGAUCGAACGCUGGAUGGAAAGCUUCAAGGUCGUCCAGAAUCCCCUUACUUUUGUCCCUUUGAGGCUUAUGCUCCGCGACAUGGUAUCCCCGAACAUGGACGCGGCUCUCCAACACCAUGAGAAAACUCUGAUCUCUCAGUACAUAGUUGAGGACGUAAUCUUUGACAAAGUCUGGAGCGUGCUAGAGCCUUUCGAUAUAGCCACCACAUUGACCAGCGACCUCAUCGAUCGGCUGAUCGACAACGACUUGUACCUCUUCUCCUCGGACAGCGAGAGCGAAACCCACCACCCAUCAUCAUGGGUUGAGGUCCAUGCCAUAAUGCGGAAGCUCGUACGGUAUGCGGUUCCUGGCAAGAGGUGGAAGGAGGACAACGAGGUGAUUGUUGAGGCAACAUAUAGGGACCUGUUUGACGAUAUUUUCGACGAAAUCAUCGCCAAGGCCGAGAACGUGCGCCCAUUAAACUCCGACGAGCUGAUGUCGUUGCGCUCGAGUGACGACUUCUUCCGUUUUCCCGAGGAGAUGACCAGGAAAUCAAGAUGUCCGAAGUCAGAUAUGGACGCCAUUUCAGUCGGUACCGCACCAGUUUCUAUGAGAAACUCCUUGACUCUCCACGCUCAGUUAUUGAAUCUCUUUAAGAAGUUCCAUGAGCACAAAAUAACCAAGGAACUGAAAAGUGACGAUCUGGGUAUAGUUGUUUCAGACGCAUCCCACAACGACAACUUCGUCAAGGCUGAGUAUUACACUCCAAUUACGCCAGGGGUGUUGCCAUCAGACUCUGACAUAUUCAGCGUGACUAGUGUCACAGAUAUUCCCGAAAAAGGCGAACAUCUCUCCAUGCUGCGUUCUCAUCAUUCGCAUGCCUACUUUGGAAAGACGCCUCGGAAUAGAUCCAUUACGCUUGACGCAGUGGAGGAGGCUGAAGGGACUAAGCCCCCUGAUCUGAACACUGAGGGCGACGUUUCCAGGAGAUCUUCCAGAAGAUUAUCUUCCAGAAGAUCAUCUUCCAGAAGAUCUUCUAGAAGAUCAGAGAGAUCUUCUUUCAGAAAAGAGGCAACGGAUCAAGAAGUUGUUUUUGAGGACGAAAUUCAGGCUCAAGCCCCCGGAGAUUCCUUGGAAUCCUUGGAAGACGAAGAGGAAUCUGAGGCAAGAGACUCUCACUAUACCUAUUCAACUAAAGAUUCACAGCUCUUCAGUUUUAAAUCCUAGUUUAAAAUCCAUACCACUUUUUUUAAAUUUGAUAGGUAACGGUUCAAUUCGUUACUUUCAUAAGCAUCGUUUGGCACAGUUUCGAUUCAGACUCACGCAGUAUGGCAAAUAAAAAGAUACUCACAGGUUGCUGUAAUACA